AUGGAGGCGAUCCCCGUCGGCCCACACGGCGGCGACGGGCCCACAGUCAAGCAGGCCGACGAAAGCUGCCGCGCCGGGUCUCCGCCGGCGCCGGCCCCCUCCGCCUCGAUAGCAAGCGACACCACCGCGCUCCAGCCCCCGGCCAGCAGCAGCGCCGCGCCCGGCGGCAGCACCGCCAGCGCUGCGCCCGCGGCCAAGCUGCUAUCCCUGGAGCAGCUGCAGGCGCUCAUGCGCCAGCAGCCGCGCCCCCUGAUCCCGCUGCUGCAGCCGCUCCUGCCGCUGCACAAGGCCGGCGGCGCGGCGCACCAGCAGCAGCUGGCGGCGGCGCUCAAGAGCAAUGCCGCGGCCAUGGCCGCCAUCGCAGCGGCCACCGCGGCGCGCACGGCGGCCGUCCAGCAGCAGCAGCACCAGCAGCUGGUCGCCGCUGCGAAAGAGCAGGACGACGGGAAGGCACCCGCGGCCGGCGGCGCGGCCGGCGCGCCGACCGCGGCGGCGGGCGCCAAGGCUGUGCUGUCCAUGCAGCCAGUGCCGCUGCUGCAGCUCGGCUUCAGCGGGCCGCAGCUGCUCGCCCUGAAGCAGGGGUCCGCCGCAAACGCCAAGCUGACUCAGCAGUUGCUGGCCGCGGUGGCCAAGCAGCAGCAGCAGAUUCAGCAGCAGCAGCAAAUCAUCAACAAGGGGCAACGCAUGCAGGCCGCCGGCCUGCCGCCGCUGCCGGCGGCAGCAGCUGCGCAGCUGCUGCGCCGCGGCGGCGGCUCGCUCAAGGGCCCCUGCAGCCACUGCGGCACGCAGAGCAGCAGCCAGUGGCGCAGCGGGCCGCAGGAGAAGCCGUGCCUGUGCAACGCGUGCGGCCUGUUCUGGAGCAAGCGGCGCUCCCUCCCAGAGGAGACCUGCAAAGUGGCGGUCGAGCUGGAGGGCCCCUGCAACCACUGCGGCGCAGACUCGUCCAACCAGUGGCGCGCCGGCCCCGAGGGCGUCGCGCUGUGCGACCCCUGCGGCCUCCACUACCGCAAGACCAAGACGCUGCCCAAGCGCAAGCGCCGCUCCCUGGCGGUCGCCUUCCAGGGCUGCCACCACUGCGGCACGCGCUUCUCGCCGCAGUGGCGCGGCGGGCCGCCCGAGGCGUCUGUCCUGUGCAACGCAUGA